UUGAGAUGUGAGCAUCGGUAGGUAAAUUUUGAAAAGCCAAAAAGAAUAAGGAAGACAGUUCAGCUGUACUGUAUCUUGAGGAAUUCAAGUUGCUGAUUUCUUGAUAUGGCGAAACUCAAUUGCUUCUUUGUACGAAUUGGGAAGAAGAAAAAGAAUAAGGGGGACGUGAAGACAUCAAGAGCUGCUGAAUUUGCAAAAGAGAUUGCUGCCCUGCAAAUCAACCUUGAACACCCGGUGAAACCUUUUGAAACUGAUGAGCUGAAAUUGACAUCCUUUAGUGUCGCGGUACCUUAUGACAUGCAAGAUAAUUCCUUUUGCAAUGUCAAGGUGAUGAGUCAUGAGAGUCCUGUUGGGAAUGAACCGGCAGAGAUAGCAUAUGAAGGGGAAGAUGAGCAUGAAGAAAACUUAUCUAUCAAGAGGGAAUUCUCUGACUUUGAUCUCCAAGCACACGUAACUAAUUCAGGCGAAGAAGAGGUUGAUCCUAGGAACCGAAAGUCCGGUUGCUUUGAUUCAAUUGACACAGCUGUGACUGGGCAAUUUGAAAACAAACCUGAGAAAGGUCAUGAAAAGGGUGUUGAUAUGAUCCAGAGUGGACAUGUUAGUGAUCCAGGGAUUGGGAGGACUGAGUUCUGGGCUUCACCAAAGCUUAAGCGCUCGUGCUCUAAUCUGGAAACAAGGGUAGUGCUGAGAAAGAUGGCAGAUCAAUUGCCUCCUUCAAAAUCUGAGUCUUAUGAUGAAUUGCAGGAUCUAGCUUCUAAGUUGAGGCAGAAUUUUGAUCCUGGGAGUCCUUAUUCAAUGAAGAGCCAUUUGAGUGCUGACAAAGUGAUGUUAAAGAAACAUUCUUCAAGCCAAAUUCUUCCUUCCAGGAGUAGAAGGUUGUGGUGGAAAUUGUUCCUGUGGAGCCAUAGGAAUCUGCACAAACCAUGGAUUUCAAAACCACAACCAGUUCCUAUUGUUGCUGCUCUAAAGCAGCAGGGUGGGUACUCUUCAGAUACACUUGAACCAAAUAGAGCUAUGAAUUCUGGCAAGAUGGAAUCCCCUGGAUCAUUUACCGGAGAACCCUUGAACAAAAGUUGGAGUGGCUUUUACAAUAAUCACAACCGCAGCUGGGAUGGUUUUGAUAAAGGAAUUUCUGCCUUGUGGCCGCAUAACCAAUGGGUUGCUUUUCCAGCAGAAUCACCUUCCUUCAAAAGAGUAGAUGAGUGGGUGAAAGAUCUUGAAACGCAAACCCCUCUUCCAGUUGAUGAUAAUGAGAUUAGUGAUGAGGGUAUUGUCUUCCCACCUUCCCCUGAUACUGGUAAGUCACAGGCUCGAAGCACUGCCCACCUGACUUGUCGUACAGAUAUCAAUCUCUCAGCAGAGGUUUCGCAUGCCAAUAGUGUAAUCCAGUCUUUGAAUUCUUCUUCAACUGUGGCUCACAUUGCCGGUAUAGGCUUGAAAGCCAUCCCCACAAUAUCACGUUUCUCUGGUCUUCGGACUGUCAACUUGUCAAACAAUUUUAUAGUCCAUAUAACUGCAGGAUCACUGCCAAAGGGCCUUCACGCACUCAACUUGUCAAGAAACAAGAUCAGCACCAUUGAAGGGCUCAGAGAAUUGACCCGACUGCGAGUACUUGAUCUAAGUUAUAACCGCAUUUCUCGGAUUGGACAUGGUUUGUCAAGCUGUACACUAAUCAAGGAACUCUAUCUUGCGGGAAACAAGAUCAGUGAUAUUGAGGGGUUGCAUAGGCUCUUGAAGCUGACUGUCUUAGACAUGAGCUUCAACAAGAUAACAACAACAAAAGCUCUUGGUCAGCUUGUGGCUAACUACCAGUCAUUGCUAGCUUUGAACCUGUUGGGUAAUCCAAUACAGAGUAACAUCAGUGAUGACCAGUUGCGCAAGGCAGUUUGUAGUCUCCUUCCAAAGCUAGUGUAUCUGAACAAGCAGCCCAUCAAACCACAGAGAGCACGAGAGGUGCUCAAAGAUAGUGUUGCCAAAGCUGUCCUUGGGAACAACAGUCAGAGCUCUAGAAGAAAAACAGGGAAAAGAACAGGCCGAAGUGGAACGUCCUCCAGUGGUCAAAGGAGCAGUGUAACAGUUGGGCCGAAAAAUGGGAGAAAGUUAAAGAGCCAAUCUCAAAGCCACUUACCCUUGAAGACACUAUCAUCUGCACAUGCUUCAUCAUCCCGGUAGAGACAUUGUCAUAUACACAUGUUUUUUAAUUGUUCUUGAUUUCCCAUUCUUCCUUCUUGGGUAAAACUGCCUUGUGAUUUCCCAAAAAAAAAAAAAUUGAGUUUUUCUUCGGGGUGGGAUUACUUGCUUUCAUAUUUACCUCAAGACUAUUUGUAUCACAAACGUAAUAUGCUUUCUUGUUGGAGUGGUUUUGGUUAUUCAA